AUGGCACAAGCUUGUGAUAUCUGUGCAGCCUUCGGAAAGGAGAUGAGAGAACACCGCUGCAUCCCUGGGAAACGCCAGCAAAAGGCAAAGCAAAAGGUCUGGCAAAGAUUACAUAUGGAUUUUGCGGAGACCACCGACGGCAGGAGAUGGUUGGUGAUAGUGGAUGCAAAGUCAAAAUGGCCCGAAGUGGUGCAAAUGGGAUUAACCACUGUAGAAAAAACGAUAGAAAAGUUGAAGGAUAUCUUUAGUCUCCAUGAUCUACCAGAGCAAAUAGUGGUCGAUAAUGGGCCACAGUUCAUAGCGAAGGAGUUUAAGGAAUACUGUAGAAGAAGGAGUAUUGAGUUGAUUUUCAUCCCACCUUACCAUCACAAUUCUAAUGGGGAGGCGGAAAGAUUUGUGCAGACUUUAAGAAGGGUUAUUAUAAAGGGCGGAAGGCCGAUGAGGCGGAUUAAGGAGCAAUAUGACAAGAAAGUGAAGGAAAGGAAAUUAGGAAGUAGGAAGAGAAAAAUGACGGACAAAAUGAAGGAGUAUGUGGAGACUAAGAGGUCUAGGGUAGGAAAGCAAACAAAGCGGAUAGCUCAGAUAGGGGCGAUAAGCCGGAAGAAGGGCAUAAAACGGGCCGCUAGUGGGGGCAAACCUCAUUUCGGAAAAAACGAAGCUGAAGACAUCCCGCAUGAACUGGACACAAGGAGUGCUGGUGGUGCCUGUGAGUGUACCCCAGACAACGACAGCAGCAGUUAUGGCACCGCCCACUAUGUCGGCCACGGGGUGGGGCCCUGGGGCACCCACAGUGGUGUGUCUGGGCUUGCCCGUGGCCGGUUCGCCGAUUCAAACCACUACCACCACCGGCGCUGGAGCGUCGCCUCCCACGGUGUUGUUGCUGCAAGCGGGAAGUGGACUGUACGAAUGAUGAGGACAUGCCGAAAGUAUGAUGGAUGGGAUAAGAAGCGGAUGAAGGAAGACUGA